GCAAUGUGUCAAGCGCAGCUAUGUUGUGCGCCAUGCAAAAUUCCCUAAAUUACAGGAUGCAAAUGGAGCUGGGUGUCGCAGCUGUAGGGCAUUUUCUCUUUUGUCCAGUAGUGUGCUGGAGUGGAUUCUCCUCUACCCCAUCACCCCUUUGUGUAGGACACUUCGCCUCAUAUACCACCGUUGCUGCUAUCGCCAACACCACAGCGCCGAAUGGGACUGGAUAGCAAUUUGUCUCACCUUAUGACUAUGACAUUGGCUCUGAAAGACAGCUUUCAGCCAUUUUAUCGCUUGUGAACUUUCGCUAUUUCUAAUCCUUUUAAAUUCAAUAAUCACUUCAUGAAGUAGGUAUGUAGGCUACAAACGCUAAGUCCGCGAGGUUUCGAUCAUACCAACUGGCUUGUACCAACGUAGUUUCCUGUUUUCGCACUGAAUUCUAGCAUGUGCCACAUGUGACGACAGGAGUAUGGGAUAAGCUUAGACGCGGGUCAAUAAACUGUGGGCUUUCAUUCUGGGGGAUGACAUGGACACUUUGAGAAGAUUGGAGCCUGUGAGCCUGCAGUCUAAAGACGCCAUGGAGCAAGGCUUUAGCUUCAGCACGCUGAAGAAGCUGGCGGCCGAGCCGGAACACACGGACGUGAGCCUGGCAGCGGUGGAGCGCGUGCGGGCCCUCAGCAAGAUGGGCUGCAACAUCGAGAUCAACGAGGAGAUCACGCCCCACCGCUACUUCCGCUCCGGCGUGGAGAUGGAGCGCAUGGCCGCUGUCUACCUAGAGGAGGGCAGCCUGGAGAACGCCUUUGUCCUCUACAACAAGUUCAUCACCCUCUUUGUAGAGAAGCUGCCCAGCCAUCGGGAUUACCAGCAGUGCAAUGUGCUGGAGAAGCAGGUGAUCAUGAAGAAAUUGCAAGACGUUGCGUUUCCGCGGAAAGAUCAGUUAAAGAAGCUCCUCCACGAGAAGUACAACAAGGAACACGCCGAGUAUCUCAAGAGUCAGAGCCAAGCGGUUGUGGCGGAUGGCUGCGGUCAGCUGCAGAGGAUGUCUCUGGUAGAGCAGGAGAGGCAGCGGGUGGCCCAGCUGCGCAGGAUGCAGAUCGAGUCGGAGCAGUUUCGCUACUUUGAGGACCAGCUGCGCAGACAGGAGCAGGCCAAUCACAAAGACCAGGCGGCCGCUAAAGUGCAUGAACAAACGGAUGGGUCCUGCCUGUCCCACUCAUCCAAGAACCACGUUCGUCUGGACCCGAACCGUGCGAACAGCCUUUCUGCCGCGGCCAGCAGCAAGCCAGCAGCUACCCUGGCUGGCUUACAUAAUCAACGGGUUGAGGGCCUCAGGCGGGUGGUCGUUCCUCGUGACCUGACAUACAGGUUCCUGCUGCUAGCUGACAGUAACACAGCCAGGGGCAUAGAGACAUGUGGGGUCCUCUGUGGAAAACUGACACACAAUGAGUUCCUGCUGACCCAUGUAGUGGUGCCUAAGCAGUCAGCUGGCCCCGACUACUGUGACAUGGAGAACGUGGAGGAGCUCUUCAGCUUCCAGGAUCAGCAUAACCUCCUGACUUUGGGUUGGAUCCAUACCCACCCCACCCAGACGGCCUUUCUGUCCAGUGUGGAUCUCCAUACUCACUGCUCCUAUCAGCUGAUGCUCCCCGAAGCCAUCGCCAUCGUCUGCUCGCCCAAACACAACGACACGGGGGUGUUCAGACUCACCAGCUGUGGGAUGGGGGAGGUAGCCAGCUGCAGGCUGAAAGGCUUUCAUCCACACUCCAAGGAGCCACCCCUCUUCAGCAUCUGUCGCCAUGUUGUUAUAAAGGAUUUGAAAACAACAGUGCUGGACCUCAGGUGACAGACAGGGAGAGACCAGACAUCCAGGACCGUCUCCAUUCUCCCCAUCACGAACCAGAACUGCUAUUUAUAUCUUUGUUUACAAUGACGGCUUUUGUAUUUAUUUAUUUUUUUGGGAAAUAAGCUACUGUGAAUUGGAAGUUUGAAACACAGUGAUGUGAGCUAUAAACUUGUUCUAAUGGU